AUGCUGAUUAAAGUAAAGACACUAACUGGAAAAGAAAUCGAGAUUGAUAUUGAGCCAAUAGACAAGGUGGAAAGAAUUAAAGAAAGAGUGGAGGAGAAGGAAGGUAUCCCACCACAGCAGCAAAGGUUAAUCUACAGCGGUAAACAAAUGAAUGAUGAGAAAACUGCUGCAGAUUAUAAAAUCCAGGGCGGCUCUGUUCUACAUCUUGUGCUUGCGUUGCGAGGAGGACACCUGUGCUGCUCUAAUAGACACCUAUGA